AUGGAUCCAGUAACUGUACCUAUUUCACUUCAUUCGCAUGCUUCUUCUGUUCCUCUAUUUAAUGGAUUAAAUUUCUCUAAUUGGAGUGAACAAGUCCAGUUUCAUUUGGGUGUUUUGGAUCUUGAUAUGGCACUCCAAAAUGAGAAACCUAAUACUAUUACUAAUGAAAGUAGUGAUGAUGAAAAGACUUUAUUUAAAGCUUCGGAAAGAUCAAAUAGAUUAAGUUUAAUGUUUAUGCGAAUGACAAUUGCAAACAACUUAAAGUCAUCUCUUCCUAAAACUAAUGAUGCUAAGGAAUUUAAGAAAUUUGUGGAAGAACGUUCUCAAACUGCUGAUAAAUCACUUGUUGGUACAUUGAUGAGUACUUUGACUACUAUGAAAUAUGAUGGUUCACGUACUAUGCAUGAUCAUGUUCUAGAAAUGAUAAAUUUAGCAACAAAAUUAAGGACUCUAGGAAUGAAUGUGGAUGAGUACUUCUUAGUACAAUUUAUACUUAAUUCUUUGUCUCCUAAACAAUAUGGGCCAUUUCAAAUGAAUUACAACACUAUAAAGGACAAGUGGAAUGUUAAUGAAUUGACCAAUAUGCUUAUUCAAGAGGAGACAAGGUUAAAGAUUCAAAAAACUCAUUCUGUUCAUCUUAUAAGUCAUCAAGAAGCUCGAAAGAAUUCUAAAUGA